GAAGAAGAAGUAGUAACUUCCGGGAUAUACUGUUUACAUGUUAUGUGUUGAAACGUCCUUCCUUAGUCUAAAUAUCGUUUUUGUUUAAAACAAGACUGACUUUAAAUGCUGGAAUCAUCAGACCUUUACGCAGAAAGGCCGUCAGUGGGACUCCAGCAUCCAGUGCAGAAGAAAGUAUGAAGAAGAAGGGCAGGCGUCUGAGGUCAUUUGAGGCUUCCCGUCAGGCCAGGAGGUCGUGGAGAGCCGACACCAGUGAGGCCAAGAGUCUGUCCACUGAUGGAAGCAGCCUGCCAAAAGCCGUCCCUAUAACUCCGCCGGCCACACAGGGGUUUUAUCAGGAUAACGCUGCACCAAGUCACUCUGAGAAUUCCAAUGCAUCAACUAAUGACAAGCAAAAGUCCAAAUCUGCAGGAAAGCUAUCCAGUGCCGUCUGCAGACUGUGUCAUGGCAAGUUUUCUCCACGAAGCCUGCGAUGUGCUUUCAACAAAUGGGCACAGGAUUCCAUCAGUUUUCUUGAGGAGGAGUCCGAUACUGCAGCCCAGUCAGCCCUGAUAUUCCACACAGACUUCCAGCAGCUGGUCGGGGUUCCGAUGGACCGAGAUCCCCGGUUAUCUGAGUUUAUCUGCAAGAAAUGCCACAACAACUUCUACAAGUGCCGCAAUAUCCUGAUCAGGUUUCUGCAGCGAGUCAAUGUUCCGGCGGUUGGGAAGAAACAAAUUAAAACCCAGAAGAGUCCAUCGUGUCCACAGUCAUCAGCAGACCAGGCAUCAACACCAGCACCAUCAUUUACUUCAGAUGGGAAGUGCCUUCACAGCCUGGUGUCCUGGGCUCACCACCACGGAGAAGCCUGCCAUUCCUGCCCUGACCUGAAGGAGGUGCUGGAGGGCCAGUGCUGGGGCUCUGUCAAGGCUGUGUGGGGUUGUGUGGAUGGUCAUAGCUACAUCAUGGACACUCAGUAUGGCAUCGGUUCAUCUCCCUUGGUUGGAAAGUCAAGGUGUGCGUUGAGUUGUAGCAGUGGACCUUUAGUGAGCGGCAGCUGUAGUCGAGCCAUGACUGAGGAGGAGGAAGAAGACCAAGUUGGCAGUAAUGGCAGAAAUAUAACAACGUCAGCCCAACACAGUCCGCCUGCCACCACAGCACAGACUCAGAUCCCAGCCUUGGAAGACUGGACCGGCCACCCUGAAGAGUUUACCGGCCUUGAGGUGGCGCUGUCUCCUGCUGCGGACCGGCUCGAGGACAGAAGCGUGGACAGCGACCUGUCUGCCAGAGUUAUCUCUGAUGAUGAGUUCGAGGACUGUAGAAAAAGUGGAUUCUCUGAAGAUGAGUUGUUCCCACGGUUCUUGGAGAAGAGGGUGAUCAUCCCCAGCAAGAAAAGACCGAGCCCGAAGGGACCACAGGAGGCCAAAGUCAGAAAGAAGCCUGGACCCAAACCUGGAUGGAAGAACAAGUUUAAACCUAAAGGAGAGGAGCUGCCUACGAUCUAUAAGUGUCCAUAUCAGAGCUGUACGGCAGUCUACAGAGCUCCCGAUGGUUUGAAGAAGCACAUCAAGGAGCAUCAUGAGGAGGUGCGAGAGCGGCCCUGCCCUCAUCCCGGCUGCAACAAGGUUUUCAUGAUUGACCGCUACUUACAGCGACACGUCAAGCUGAUCCACACAGAAGAGAGAAACUACAUCUGUGACCAGUGCGGCCAAACCUUCAAGCAGAGGAAACACCUCUCAGUCCACCAGAUGCGACACUCAGGGGCCAAACCGCUGCAGUGUGAAGUUUGCGGCUUCCAGUGUCGACAGCGAGCGUCGCUAAAAUAUCACAUGACCAAACACAAGGCUGAGGCCGACCUGGAGUACGCCUGCCUGCUGUGUGGGAAACGUUUUGAGAAGGCCCAUAACCUGAAUGUGCACAUGUCUAUGGUCCAUCCGCUGACACAGGCUGAACCUCAGAGCAGCCAGCAGCAGAAACCAGCUGAGUCCCAGCUCCAGACCAUCACAUUGACAGGGGAGCUGAUCCACCAAGACAGGUCACAGGACACCGUCACAGUCCAGGUCUGCCAGACUGUGACGUCGUGACAGUCUGAGGGAACCAUCACUGUACAUUCACCUUUCUAUGUUCAACGAUGGACAGUUUAGUUUAUGUGACAGAAAUGAGAUCUGGCAGAGUUUCUUCUCUGCCAGACAGAACCUCGAACAUUUCAACUGUUGGUGCAAACCCUGUUACUUUCUGUUUGGACAAGACAGUCAAAUGUUUGGCAGCAUCUACGUCCUGUCAAACAUCUUUCUACGUGCUCGGUUGGUCCUCGUGUGUUGUGGAAUAUGAGCCAGCCAGAUGUUCUCAAGGAGGUUAAAGUCACCUUAUUUGUAAAUGUUGCCCUCUUCAUGCCUGAUCAUCAGAGGCUGUGGGACCAGGACCUGCAAGACCACAACCUAUGUGAUCAGGACCAGCAGGACCUGCGGGACGCCCCUCAGGAAUCUACACCAGGUGCAUUGUUUCAGCCAAAUCCUUUCAAAACUCAGCUCAAUAAAAAGUUACAAAUUGUAGUAAAAUUUUAAAACAUUAAGACUCAAGUAUUUCUGAAAGAAAAUGUUCAAACAGAAUAAUUUAUUUGAGGAAAAUUCAGCAUUCAUUGUGGCACUGAUCCCCAGAAUGUAGACGUAUUUAAAAUGUAAGAAAUCCAUUUUUAUUUUGUUUUUAAUAAUCAUAUAUCAAUGUGCUUGAUUCAUUUGUUCACAGAAUGAAUCAAAUAAACUCACUGUGUCGGAAAGUU